AGAUCGAGACACACCGGAGACCGAGACACACCGGAGACCAGAGACACACCGGAGAUCGAGACACACCGGAGACCAGAGACACACCGGAGACAUUAGAACUGAUUAACGGUGGGACCGCUCUGUAGUUGGACUAUUACCGGAACUCGAACCCUCUGUCUCGCGCAGCGGCUCCGUCUGAGAUCGAGCUUUGUGUGUCGUCGCUUUCUUCCCGGUGUGAACGGAACCAUGCUGCGGCUGCUGCUCCUCCUCGCGCUGUCCGCCUCCGUCUGCUCCGAGUCGCAGGUUAGGGAGACGGAGACGUGGAUGCCCAUGAAGACCACACAGACCGUCGCCAUGUCGACACACAGCGACGGCCUGGAGUCAUCGGGAGACGCCCAGAACGGCUCCGACUUCGGCUUCACGGACGACGAAGACGACGAAGAUGACGAAGAUGACAACGACUACUACACCGACAACUAUGAGGACGAGUACGUCGAGUCAUCUGGGUCAGGAGACGGAGCAACAACUGUGUCACCUGAGCCAGAGUCCGAGCCGUCAGUGAAGCCGGACGCCAACGACAACAAGAUCCCAGAUGUGGAGCCUCCGGUUCGACCAACCGUCAACGAGGUGGACAUCGUCCAGAACAGCAACGAAAUCCCACUGGUGAGGAUGGACGCCGAGACGAGCGAGGACUACCCGUCCAACGUCCUCAUGGCCCACGCCAGUGAUGACAGCAUCUUUAACAAGACCGAGGUCCUCGCAGCUGUGAUCGCAGGCUGCGCCGUCGGCCUGAUGUUCGCCGUGCUCCUCAUCCUCCUCCUCAUCUACCGCAUGAAGAAGAAGGACGAGGGCAGCUACGAGCUGGGGAAGAAGCCCAUCUACAAGAAGGCCCCCACCACAGAGAUCUACGCAUAGACCCCACAGCCCCGCCCCUCACACACAAACACACACCUCACUCCCUGAAACCUGUAAAUAUCUAAUCAGGGCCAGCUCCCGGCCUCACAGUGCCUCAUCUUCAUCAUCCCUCCUCCUCCUCCUCGCUUCUCUUCUGACUGCACAAACCUGGAGAGACGCCCCGACAACAACCGACUCACUGACUCCUGCUACCUGAUGUGUACUAAUUUCACUGGUGCUCUCUCAACCAAUCAGAGGCUGUCCUCAGGCCGUUUAGUUUUUUUUUGGUCGAACAAGAAAAAGGAGGAGAGGACGACUUCAGCCUCGGUACGACGUCGUCAUUGGUCCCACGUUCUUAUCUGUCCCCGUGUCAAGAGGAAAAAAAAAAACUGGACUCUGACAAGUUCCGCUCUUGCUCGUCUUUCUUCUUCUCUCCUCCUUCAGUUGAAACACUAACGCAGUGCAAUGAUGUUUUGUAUCUCUGGUACCAUUCAGUUAUUUAUUUCCCCUCCUCUUCCUCUCGACCUGUUUCAUGGACUGAAGCUUCUCACUCGACUGAAGCAAAUGAUUUUUAACUGCUUUUUAUUUUUAACCACCUCCACGUGACGCAGAGAGAUUUAAGACAUUUCACUUUUUUUCCCCAUUAAUCUAAAAAAAAAAAAAAAAAAGCUCACAAAUCUGUAACGUGGCUGUGAAGCUGUGGUUUCAUGUUGUCAUCAGACCUGAGGUUCGUUAGAGCCAAUCACAGGUCAGCAAACCAAGCUCACGUCCUGUAAACUUUCAGAAGCUGCAGAUUUGAUUAAAACAAGAUUCUUAGAACGGUUUCUUUUUCUUUGAGACUUUCAGUUUGGUCCUCGAGGGGAAAGUCCCGUCGUCUGGCACGCAGCUCCAGAUAAGAGAGCUCAGCUAAUCUGGAAAAAGAACGUUUGAAUACUACGUGACCCGGGUCCCUCAGUGUCUCCUCUGCUGCCACGGUGAACAGUGCUUCAAAAGGUUUCACCUCUGUAAUAAUCACCGCUGUGCCUCUGGGGUUUGUUUUCUGUUAUUAUGGAGAAGUCAAGCCGGCGAGCUCGGGACACGCCUACAUUCCUCUCACACACACACACACACACACACGCACACACACACACACACACACACAGCUUGCUCAUGUGUUACGGGAGCAAAGAUCCGUCAGCGUGUCGGCUGCAGCUGCUCUCUCUCUCUCUCUCUCUCUCUCUCCUCACAGUUACGUUUCACCUGAAAGAAACAAACGUCAGUUACGUCGCUAACAAGUCCGAUAGCUUGACUUAGCAUUGAGUGAAAAGAAAAGCAGCGGCCUGGUUCGGUCCAGAGAGAGAAACUACGAGCUUCUUCAUUCUGCCUCUAGGUACGAAAAGAUUCAUUUCAGAUGAUGUAACCGUCACUACCCACAAACCCCCACGGUUCCCGGAGGUAGACGACAGAAGACGUGCACGUGAACACCUCUGGUUUCACGAGUCACUGCUCAGUUCAUCCUGAGACUUUUAUUUCCUUCAGUGACGGAGCUGAUGUUAUGUUUGAUUUUUUGAUUUCAUGAUAAGAUUCUCCUGCAAACUGGAUUCAGUUUGUUUUCACGUCAAGUGAUGAAACGUAGUAAAUUCCCCGGUGACGCGUAAAACAAUGAACUGUCAUAAUAACGUGAAUAUUGGGAGGCAGGCGUCAGGGACAGAGCCAGCUGCUGCCGCUCUUUAUGCUAAGCUACGCUAGCCGUUCUGCGUGUCUGAGCACUGCGGUCACUCAAGCUUCUCUUCAUGGAUCCAUUAAAUGUUAUUGAUCGUUUAUCCUGUAACUCGGAGAAACCGGUAGUUUUUUGGUACUUUUGUUCUCUCGUGGCGUUGAUGCUUUCUCAAUAAGCUACACCGACGGUUAGUCGUUCGUUUGAUAUUUUUAUUUUCAUUUCGGGGUCUUUGAGCAGAAGCUGAAGCCACGAACAGGUUCGACGCUCACAUUUCUUUAGCUGAAGCCGGCACACAGUCUACCAAGGAUUUGUACAUAGUCGUUAGAUAAAACGAAAAAAAGAGAAAGAUUAACUUGGUACUUAGCCACAUCCUGGCAACAAGAAAUAUCUACCAAAUAUUUAAAUGCCAAAUUGUUCUUUUGUUUUUGUUUUUCCCCCGACAGUAACGUUCCUGUGAUUUUACUGUAAAUGAGUUUUGAUACUACGAUGCUAAUACUAACUCACCUCCUCUCAUUGUUCUCCAGUGUUUUUAUUUGGAUUUUAUUUUUCUCCAGUAGAUCGUUCUUAUUUUUUUUUUUGUUGUAUUAAUUUAACUGUCAAAUUAUUUUAUUGCCUUCUUUCAGGUUGGGGUGUUUCCCCCUUUUUAAGCUGUUGUAUAUGUGAUUUUAAAAGUUUUAUAUACACUAGUUUGAGAUUUUCAGAAGCAAAUAGUUUUGAAACUUUUUAUUUUGUAAGAGUUUCUAUUAUCUCUUAGACUUUUUUGUUUUUGCUUUUGUAUUUAUGUUUGUUUGUGUGUUUGUAGAAGGAUUGCUGACGUGGUCGUUGUUCAGGGGAUGUUGUGCCGACGUUGUCAGGAGCAGACCUGAGCUGAUUAUCACUUGGAGCCAAAAUGGACGCCGAUAAAUUAGCUAAUUGUUUGGAUGUUUCGUCUUUGGCUCCAAAAAAAACAUUUAAUCACGUGUUUCCUUCCUGUGCGUCGGCCGACCUGAACGCUGAUUAUAUUUCUUCUGGCUCGGCAGGUGAUCGGCCUCAGGUCUGCUCAGUGAACAUGGAGAGAAAAUGUUCUGCUGCUUAAUGUCACAAACAUCACAUGUGAAUCACCAGUGGAGAGAAGAAGCCAAUGAAUCAUUGGCUUCUGCUGCAGGUCCUGAUUUAUUGGAAAUAAAGCUAUUUUUAUGCACAUUAACAUUUUAAAA